AUGGGAUCCGUUCCGCACUCUGAAACAGCAACUCCAAGAACUAAACGCAAUUCCCGGAAACCAUCUAGGGAUGAUUCCAUCUAUGAGCCACCACCAAGCCCUAGAGCUUCCUCGCGUGAUUCGUCUCCACAGCGACCUCGACAACCCCAUGGGCCAUACUUCCAAGAUCCUUCAAUCAGUAUGCACCAACAACGUUGGCGACCGUUUGCGCAUCCUCAACCGUAUAUAUACUAUCCACCACCUACUGCAUUCCGACGAUUUGAAUUGUCACGUGAGAACAUCGCUAUGUGCAGGAGCCGCGCCGCCUCAACGCGCGCGAGAACGCGCCCAGGCUAUACAGUCGGCGAUGUGCCAGUCGCGUACACAAAAUCUGUGCAAGGCUUGAGAGCAGCAAAGUAG